AUGGCCUAUAUUACGCCUCCUGGCAGCAUAAUAACUCCUAUUCCUCCAACUACCAACUUAUUUCCCGAGAAAAGCCAGGGAAGUGGAUUGGUGGUGAAUUGCCCCGGAGGUGUAUGCAGCACAGCCUUUUACGACAAAGUACUUCGCUACACACCACAAGGCGACAGUUCCCCUUUAAGGGCUUAUUUGAGAUGGAUCCCAACGAUCAUAAUCUUCGUUCUUGUGUUGAUCAUUAUAGCGUGGAUUCCUCGGCUUAUAAAGAAUCGUUACAGGGCCUAUGAAGACGCACUUGAGCAGAGGCUCGUCGAUGCUAUGGGCAACGAGGAGAAGGAAGUGUAUGCUUGA